GAUAGUGAAAUUAAGGUGGGAGAUGAGUUUAGGUUGGUGAGGGGGAAGACUCCUGCGAGUGGUGAUUAUCCCUUCCAAAAGAAAAAAAUCCCCUUAGAAACAGUUCAGGGCUUUUAUUAUAUUCCCACCCCGAUCAUUACCAGCAAUGACACGGAAGGAGCGGGUGAGUUAUUUAAUAUUGCUACUAAUGAAAAACAAAGUCUUGUUGGAGAACAAAAAGAGCCUUUUUUUUCCAAACCGGCCAAAUUAACUGUCAGCGGCCAACUCCACGCCGAAGCCCUGGCUCAAGGAUUAG